GAGAAUGAAAAAAAAAAAAGUUGUUUUCAUCUGUGUUUUUAAAAGUGACAAGGUGUUAGUGUAUCAACGCAUAAUUUCUUGAAUUUUUAAUAUAUCCUGCCGUGCCAUAUAUAAAUUUGAAGAAGUCGAUGAGAAUUUAUAUAAAUUUCCUAUUCCUGCUUUUCUUAAGCUUGAAGAAAUGAUUGUGAUAUUUUCUAAAAUUUGUUAAAAAAAUGUUUAGAGGAUCUGAUACUACAGAAUUGUUUGAAAAUUGCCUUAAAGAAGGCUUUUGUGACGAACAUCUUAAAGAAUUACAGGUGCAAGAUGAAUCGCAAAGAUAUGAAUUACAAAGGAAAACAAUGUUGUAUAUACGUCUGCAAAUAUUACGACCAAUUUUAUUUGAUAAACCUUUCAGUACAGAGAAAAUAAGAACUCUUCUUGAAGAAGCUGGUUAUUUCAAUAUUGGCAAGAAUCUUGUCUCUCAUGAAGAAUUCAUUGAACAAGUCCUUACUUUGGAUUCUGUUGUGGUGUUUAUUCUUAUUAAAUUAGCUCAAGUAUGCUGUGCUGGAGCUUUAUUUCGAACUAGUCAUAGAAUAUCUACAGAUAAUCCAUUAUUUAAAUUAUUAACACAAAAAACAGUUGAAGCAAAGGAUGUUGCAUUUUUUGGACCAGUUUUAUAUGAUAAUUUUCGUGGCUAUGAUGAAGGACUAAUUAAAAUUAGCUAUGUUGCUGUUUUGCUUUAUGUGAGAAAUGUGGCCAUGCAUAUGAGUUUAAGACAUGUUUUGGAUCAACAGGAUUUAGCUCUUCAAAAUUUAUCUAAAGAAGGUGGACAGUGGAAUGAUGUUGGUUCUGAUGCUUUCAAACGAAGAAGUUGGGAGGAAGCAGUUGAUGCAUUUACCAAAGCUAUAGAGUUUAACCCAUACUGUGUCUCAUUACUCAUGAGUCGAGCUCAUUCAUAUAUGGAGCUUAACAAGUUCAAUGAUGCUGCUUUGGAUUGUUACAUGGCACUAAUGAUCAAACCGAUGCAUUAUGUUGCAUACUGCAAAUGGACAACAUCUCUCUACAUUCUAUCACAGUUUUCAGAAUGUGUGAGAAUAGCUGAGUAUGGUUUAAAGAUGUGCAAGGAAACUGGUGAUGCUGUCAAAUAUAGAACACUUGAAAAAAUUAAAAUUGAAGCAAGCAAUGCCUUGGAGAAAAAGAAAGUUGUAUCGAAAAAAGAGGAAUUAAAUGUUCCAGAAAAGGAUCUCCCAGAAUUGAUAGAGGCAUCUGAUUCUGAAGUUGAAUGUCAGGAUGUUCCUGAACUCAUGGAUCCCUCAAAUUCUGAUGAAAGCGAUUCUGAAUCUGAAUGGGCAAAUUCUAAAGGAGAGUGCCAGCCAUCUGCAUCUUCAGUGGAUCAUUUAGUGAAUGCUGAGAAAAAUAAGGUAGAAGAAUCUGCAUCUAAAACUUCCAGAGUUAGAAGUUGUUCUGUUUCAGAUUCUUAUAAUGAAAAGAUGAAUCCUCAAAUAAAUCAUGAAAAAAAUAAAUCUGGACAUUCAGCAUCUAAAGCAUCUAGAGUUAGAAAUUCUUCAGUUUCAGAUGCUUGUGAUCAGAAGGAUAAUUCUGAAGAAAGAAUAAAGAUGUUACAAAUGUCUUUAAAAGAUGCAUCCAAUACACUUUUAGAUGGAUGUGAGAUAAUGGCUAUGCGCCGUUUUCGGAAUGCAUUGGAUGAAAUUAAAGCUGCUCCUGAGAUUCAUAAAUAUGAAGAAUGUGAUAUUAUCUGUAUAAAAUAUGCUUAUGCAUUUGCAUGUUACCAAUCUGGCGGUUAUGAUGAUUUGCAAAAAGCUAUCAUUGUAUUUCAAGAAAUCAUUGAAGAACAUAAAAACGUUGCUUUUCCUGCUGCUUAUUUUACUAUUGGACAGACAUUUCUUAAAUUAAACAGAUUUAAACAGGCUCUUCAAUAUUUCAAAAUGUUGGAUGAUACUUCACAGAAAGGGGUUCAUUCCCAAGUUUAUGUAUGGCCUGGAGUUACAGCUACCAUAAAUGAAACCAAACUUGAUUACUUGAGGGAGAGGUUACCUGCUUUGAUAAAAGAAUGUGAAAACCCUCCUCCUCCUGAUGCAAUUUGUCGAUAUGAAGGGUGCGCUCUUCAACCUUCUAUUUACUACACUGAUCCAGAUUUCAAAGGCUUUUUCACCAUUAACUGUUCAGAACAAUGUAAUCUCCAAUACCAUCCCCACUGCUGGAAAAAUAUAAAAAUGGCUAAGAACUGCACUGAUAAGCUGUUUUUGGAGCAGCGAUGCUUUACUCCAGACUGUGAAGGAUUAAUAAUCAAGAUACAAAAUAUUAGUAAAGAGGGAGAUCUGGCGAAAGAGUUUGUGUAUGAUGAUGGAAAAAAAUGUAUGAAACAGAAAAAAUCAAAAUUAGAAAAAAAGCUUGAAAUAAAAGAAGAAAAGCGAAGGAAGCGUAAAGACAGCAGUUCUAGAACUGACUCUACUUCUGAAGUUCCAGAAGAAAUUGCUAAUGGAAAAUUUAAUGAGCCUGAAACAACUAGUACUAAUAAUGAGUUUGAAAUCCAUGCAAGAACUGAUACAAAAGAUAAUAAUGGAAGCAUAAAUGGAUCUAAUACUUCUCAACUUCCUGUCAAUGCAGAACCUCAUAUUGUACUAAAAAAAGAUAAAUUUAUCCAGGAAACAUCUAACAAAAUUCCAACUAAAGUAAAGGACCAUAAGAAAGUUAAAAACAACACAUUCAGUAUUGAUGAAUUUUUGCAACAUACUGAUGCCCCCUUAAGCAGUAAUGACUGCCAACAAAGGCUAAACACACUGAGACAGAAUAAUCAAAGUUUGACAGAUGGGGUCUGGUUGAAAAGUAGUACAAAUAAUGCCCAACAACCUGUAACAUCUUUCACAACCGAUAAUACCCAGCAUCAUUCAUCUCCUGGACAUCUUUCAGCCAGUUUGUUUGAAAGAACUAAAAUGCAGGAAACUGGACUGGAUGACUUUCCUGAUGUUGACUUCCCAAAACCACUUAUUAACGUAUCUGAAUGUCUCAAAAAAAAUAUUUAUUCCUAUUUCAGAGAAAUAUUAGGCAAAUGUGGACCACUGCGUGUAGAUGAUCCUGCUCUUAUGAAAAAAAUCAAAAGCUUCCCUGAAGAGGCAAGAAUAAUUGCUGAUUAUGGUGGAAUAGGAAAGUUUCUGCAGCAAAAUGUUGAAUUUGCUUUUGUUAAAGACACUUAUAUAUGCUUGGUAGAACAAUUACCUUUAGCUUAUAGAAAAAUUAAUGAGGCAGUCCCUAUCUCUGAUAGUGAUUUAAAGCUUUCAGAAAAUUAUGAAAGUUUUGAUUCAGCUGAUAAAAGCUGCAGUGAAAUUUUUCGCUUUUCUGGUCUGAAUCCUGAUGCUCGAGAAUACAAGCCUGGAACAUCUGAAAUGGGAAAAUUAGGCCGCAGACAGCUUUUAGAAAAAGACCUAGAAAAUACUUUAAAAAAUGAUUUCAAUGCAGACAUUGAAUCUUCACAACAAUUGAACACUGAAGGAGAAAUUUUAUCUCGAAAAUCAUCCUUUUCUUCUACAAAUUCUUCUUGUCAUCAUUUAAUUCAUGCUGAUUCUCAUUCUGGAAAUAAAGUUACUGAACUAGUUGAUACACUCAAAGAUCUUUUUAAAGUAUAUUUUAGUGAAGGAAUGAAUGAUUAUAGACCCUUCAUUGAUCUUAAGUUAAAGCCAUAUGCUAUCAAGUGUGUUCCAAAAAGACAUACCAGAAGUAUUCAGACUGAAGAGACAGAAAAAGUUUCUAGAGGAACAAUGAAAACAGAUGAUGAAAUACAGGAAUUGAAAGAUAUGACAAGUCAGUUAAUUCAAGACAGAAAAACUUUUGAACAAGAGUAUAAUGCUGCACUUGAGUAUGCUGCUAAGUUUCAAAAUGAGUCUAAUUUAGAGAUUGCUAAUCUAAGAAAACAACUGGAAGACAAAUUGGCUGCAUUAGACGACAGAGAAAAAGAAUUUAAUAAGAAGGAAGGAAAAUUGGAGGAUGAAAUUAAGAAACUUUCAGAAGCUCUGAAGAAAGUCAAAGUAGAAAAUGUAGCACAAAAGAAAGAGAUGGAAAAACUGGCAGCAGCCAAGGACAGCUUACUUCUUGAUCGUGCUCAUCUGGAAGAAAGAGUUUUUUCAUUACAGCAAGAAGAACAAAAAUUGAGGGAAGAUGUAAAUGAAGAUGAAAAGCUAAAAAGUAGUAUCAAAAAGCUUGAGUUGGAAAAAACAGAAGCUGAGAAAAGAGCACAAUCUGCUGAACUGCUGUUGCUACAGUUAAAAAAGAGUGAAUUUUUGAAGCGAAUCGAAAUCAAGAAAGAAGAAGCUGCUAAAAAGAUCAAGGAAGUGCAAGAUGGAAUAGCAGUGAUGUCUGGAAGUCUCAAUUCUCUUUACAUCAAAAGUAUAGAUGAAUUGUUGACACAAAUACGUAAUUAUAUAGCAUUGCUGGAAGAUAUUAAAACAAAAUUUAUUGUAACUAUUGAUGAGCAGAUAAAUGAUGUAACUAAUGGCAUUCCAAUAUCAAAAUUGAAACCUCUUGAAGUUCAAGAAUUACCUGAUAUACCAAUUUGGAAUGUCCAGCAGAUGGCUUCUAUGUUUACUUCUCAGUCCAUGUGGGGAGCUCCUCAGAAGGGAAAUUCUGCUUAUAACACUGGAUCAUUCAACCCAUUUUCGUUUGCUUCAUUCAAUCCCUUAUCCCUGACGAGCAAAGUUCCUGGUUCACAACAAACUAACCAAGAACCAAAGCAGCAGAUCCCUUUGCAAAAUGGUCCUCGCAGCGCAUGCAAUGAUUCAGUUAGUCAACCUAGCAUUGCAUCUGUUCCUCCUAUUACAAAAGCACCCCCUGGCUUGCAAAGUACUAUAACAUCAUCAUUCCAUGCACCUGCUACUUCUAUGUUGAACUUAAAUUCAUCUUUGAAACAAUCAACUGUUAAUGAAGAAACAAAGUUGAAAGGUGCUAGUAACAGCAAUGUUGCUUCUGCAGCAACUAGUGCAUGCUCAAGUGAUGGAAAAGUUCAGUUUGCUUAUGCUGCAGCUGCUCCUCUUCCAAAUGCUAAAAUGCCAUCUGAAAAGAAAAUAUCUACAUCAGCAUUGGAGUUAGAUUACAAGGUUAAAAAUAAUCGGCCUGCGGAAUAUUCACCACCUCUGUCAGUUAACAUUCCACCUAAAACCACCAGUGUUGAGCCAAAAAAAGGUGCAGAUAAAGAUGCAAAAAAAAGUUUUGAGAAACUUCUAAGUAAGCUUCAGGAAAAAUUUCCAAACUAUUCACAUACCGAGCUUAUAAAUUGUGUGAAAGAAUUUAGAACUAAACGAAAGUCAGGUCUUUCUGGCUUGUCAUUGGACAACAUAAUUAAUUCUGUUUCUGAAAUAAUUGAAGCUAAAAUGAAGAAUGCCCCAAGUCAUUUGAAUGCUAAGAUGCCAGAUUCUGUGGUGAAACCUAAAGCUGUGCCAAAUGUAGUGUUGGUAAAUAAAAAAUUAGCAGCCGAGACAAAAGCUAAAGAACCAACUCCUGUGCGUGAAACUUCUACUGCCAAAAAAACUGCUUGGGGUGUUAGUGACAGUGAAAGUUCAAAGCAAUGGACAGGAAGUGAAAUAGAUGAGGGAUGCAUAAUAUGUUACGAGGAUAUGACCCACAAAACUGCUUAUAAGGUAGAUUGUGGCCACCAUUUCCACUUUAAGUGUAUUAAAGAAUGGCUGAAUAAGAAGAGCGAUUGUCCCAUUUGCAGAGUUCAUUUACUUCUACCAGAAGAUUAUCCUGCCCUUUCCUAAAAGUAUUGGAGGGAAAAAUUUGAUUAAAUCCAGAAACAGAAAUUUUAAUAUUAUUUUUCUUUUUUUUUGCAAUAUAUGUAAAUAUUUUCCAAAUGUUAUCUGUGAUUAAAUGUUUAUAUUUCACUUGUCCGUGAAAAAAAAAAAUUCAGUGUGGUUUAAGAUUUUGUUUCUUUUUAUAUAUUGAAAGUUCCUUUGAAAUAUUCAAGAAGGUCUACUUAUAAUUUCAGAAUUAUCAUUAAAGUGGGGGUAUCAAUGCAUAAAUUGCUACUUAUUAUUUUUCCCAAAAAUGACUUCAAAAUUAAAUAUUGGUUUAUAAUAAGUUCUGUAAAUAUUUUUUUUAAGAAUAAAAUUUUGCAAGAUGUGAUAAGAUAGCCUAUGUAUUUUUCAAAUCCAGUUUGAGAAAAUAUAUAAAAUCAUGCAAAUUUAUGAUUGAAAUAUAUGGCUCUUGUACAUUUAAUCAAACUGAAAUAAACUCUUGUUAAGUAUUCAAUCAAACUGAAAGAGAAAUAUACAACUUUCUAAUAAAAUCAAAUGUAGAAGAAAAUACUAUAAACAACUACUAGUCCAUGACUUUUGUAUUACUCUCAUUUUAAUCAGGAACUGGCUAAAUAUUUUUCAAAUGUGAUCUGUAAUUAAUGUGAAUGUUUACACUUCACCUGUCUGUGAAAAAAAAAAAUCAAUAUUGUUUAAGAUUUCUUUUCUUUAGGUAUUGAAAGCUUCUUUGAAAUAUUCAAGAAGCCCUACUAAUGUUUUGAAAAUCAUCAUUAAAAAGGGGAAAGCAAUGUAUAAAUUGCUACUUACUGUUUUUCCCAAAAAUGAUUUCAAAAUUAAACACUGGUUUAUAAUAAAAAGUUUUCUGAAUAGAAACUCUUUUUUAAAAAAAGAAUAAAAUUUUGUACGGUGUGAUAAGAUAGCAAUGCAUUUUUCAAAUCGAAUUUAUUUGAGAAAAUGUAUAAAAACAUGCAAAUUUAUGAUUGAAAUAUAUGGCUGUUAUAUAUUUAAUUAAGUAUUUAAUCAAAUUGAAAGAGGAACAUACAACUUUCUAAUAAAAACACCUGUAGAAGAAAAUACAUUAAACAAUUACUAGUUCAUGAUUUUUGUAUUACUCUCAUUUUAAUCAGGAACUUGCUAAAUGUUUACAUUUCACUUGUCUAUGAAAGAAAAAUCAGUGUUGUUUAGGAUAUAUUUUCUUUAUCUAUUAAAAGUUACUUUGAAAUAUUUAAGAAACUCUACUAAUUAUUUGAGAAUUAUCAUUAAGGAGGGGGAGGGGUCAAAGUAUAAAUGGCUACUUAUUUUUUCCAAAAAUGACUUCAAAAUUAAAUACCAGUUUAUGAUAACAAGUUUUAUGAAUAGAAUUGUUUUUUUUUUUUUUUUUUUUUUUCUUUUUUAAGAAUAAAAUUUUGUAAGUGUGAUAAGAUAGCUAUGUAUUUUUCAAAUCCAAUUUAUUUGAGAAAAUAUAUAAAAUCAUGCAAAUUUAUAAUUGAAAUUUAAUGUUGAAUUUGAAUGGCUCUUGUACAUUUAGUUAAGUAUUUAAUCAAACUGAAAGAGGAAUAUAUGACUUACUUAUAAAAAUACUUGCAGAAGAAAAUACUUUAAACAACUACUAGUUCAUGACUUUUGUAUUACUUUUAUUUUAAUCAAGGCUUGUGGAUUAAUGAUGGUUAUCAAAAAAUUGGAAGUAUUUUAUAGAAUGAAAUAUACAUGUGUGUCUAUAUUCAUUUAAAUCAAUAUUGGCUUGAAAUCGAAAAAUUUUUUUAAUUAAAACUUUAUCUUCAAUUUUUAUUUGUACUUGUUUGAGCAAAUAUUAUUGUAACUUGCUUUUCAUGUCUGUGUUUAUACAGCUUACAUCAACUGCUUGUAAAAAAAUUCUGAGAAAUAGAAAAACCAUAAAACAUUCCGUCAUAAAUUUUUCUACUCCUUUCUAUAAACUUCCAAUCCUACAAUAUUUGAGCUAUUGCAACGCAUCUUUCACCAGUCAUAUAAAAAUAUUUUGUUCAAAAUAAAAUAUUUUCUGUAAUAUAUUGAUAAUGGAUGAGUGCAAAAUGUGUUAUUGGAAAUGGACAUAUUUUAAAAUGUACUAUUUUCUUUAUAUAUAUAUUUAUAUAUAUAUAUACCCUUUCAAAAAGAAGCAAAGCAAUUGUGUUAAAAGUGUUGAAAUAAAAAAAAUAAUUUACUAAAUUUGAAACAAUGUAACUCCCAUUCAUAUAGCAUCUCUGCGGGUUUCUCUUAAAGUUUUGUCUCAUCUUAACCUUUUCCUGUUGAAGUUAUUUUUUAGUAAAAUAAUAAUUAUUAAAAAACAUUAUUAAUGCUUUGUUUAAAUUUGUAAUUUAUUCUAUUAAUUGAGUUAUUCAGAUCAUAUUGCCAUCUAAAUAUUAAUUCCUCUCCAAGCCCGAAUUAAAAUCAGAAAUGUAUAUGACAUCACCUGGAUGAAAAUUUUUAAUUAUAAUUUCAAAAUUCUGCAACGGAAUAAUUAAAUCGUGUUACUUAUAUUGAUUUUAUUGAAAUGUGAUCAUUUGAAAAAUGAAAUAUACUUUUUGAUUAUCUUGUAUUGAAUUAAGAAAGAAGAAAAUAGUUCUUAUGAAAUAUUAUGCUGAUCGAGAUGCUGUUUAAGACCAUUUUGUAUUUUAAAAAACUAUUUGUUAUCAUUGUAGUAGAUGAACCGGGGGCUAGUUGUAAUAUGCUUCUUAAGCUGUCAUUUUAAAAAAUGUUAAUCAGAAUUUUUGUUAAACAAGAUUUUAAUGAUGAUUUAUAAACUCAGUGUCAGUGAAUAACUGAAAGUAGUAAUGAGAAGUUGCAAACACAUGCUCCAUUUUAGCUAAUAAAUGGGGGAAAAAAAUCCUUGAACUUUGAUUUAAGAUAAUAUAAUUGAUCUUUUUUUUAAAAUGUUUUUACUUAUUUACUUUCACUUUAUAUUAAAUUUUAAAAAGCUGCUUUAAUUUUUUUGCUAAUUGCAAUAUUUUUUUCUAUUUAUUUAUUUAUUUUUUUAUGAAUCAGCAAAAAUGUCCAAAACUAUAUGACAGAACAAAUUGUAACUUGCAAGACUUAUCCUGAAUUUUAUUCGAUUUAUUUAGUUAGAUUUUCUGCCUUAAAUAUUAAAAUGUACCCUCAAAGAUCAGAUCUCUUGCAAAGGAUUCAUCCCCUGAGUAACAAAAACUCAUUUAAUAAAAAUAUUAAAAAUUCCUAAUUCAUGCACUUCAUAAAGAAGUACUGGAAAUAGAAUGAAAUGAGAUUAUUAAUAAGAAACAAAAACCAGAUGAAAAGUGUAAGGAACGUUUUAAGAAAAGAGAAAACAAAGGAAAAAGACAGAAGAUAUUGAAGUGACAUACUGAUUCUGGGGGAAAAAAAAUUUUGUUCUAGCUUAUGGAGAUGUGUACAGCAACUUUGACAGUAUAUUAUAUUACAUUUGCAUCUUAAUAUGAAGCAAUUUUAGAAUUAUUUGAGGACAGACCAUCUAAUUUUGGACAAAGGAUAAAUUUAUUACCACAAUAUGAAGUAAUAAUUACCAAAUGCUUCAUGUACUUUAAUUAAUAAAAGAAUGGUAGAAGGGAAAUAAUUUUAAUUGUUACAACUUGCGCUAUAUUGGGGCCAAAUUAUAACAACUAACAGGCUUUGAAAAAAAAAACUGUUACAACUAUCCACGGUCUACCUUAGCUGUUCCCCCCCCCCCCAAAAAAAAAAGUUAAUACAAAAUGUUGUAGUUGAUUCCUACUAUGAAACCUUUCCCAUGAAAUUAGUGUAAGACCUCAACUCCUGUUAGUGAAUGUUCCUGUUUGUUUUCAUCAAUUGGUAACAAGAAUUUGUUGUAAAUGGAUGUAUUGAUCUGAUGUCUUUGUGUUGGAAGCAUUGAAACAAUAAAUGUUUUUAAAAGAA